AUGUAGGGAGGAAGGGAGCUAAUAAUUUAAGCUAAGGGCAAGGUGAUGUUUGGAUAGGAGACAAAAAAAAGAAGAUAUUCAAAAUGAGCAUCAAUAAAAAAUUAUGGUCCAUCUAUUGAUAUUAAAAUUUGAAUUGGAAUUGUUUGACAGCAACCUUAUAAUAUCAAAUAUUAUUGGUUAAAAUCGAAUGGCAAUUAAAAUAAGACAUUAUAAGAUUGGAAGCUAAUAUGACCAAAAGAGUGAGAGACAAACUAAAAAGGACAGGGGAAAGGAUGCCAUGAAGAGAUCCGCAUAAAACAUUUCUAAGAAGAGGCAUUAGCAAUUUUUCAUGUCUAGGAACAGAAAACAUAUCUUCAUAUUGAAAAUGUCCAAAGCUUAUGCCAUAUUGUUUGGUUACUGUACAAUGUCUUCUUGUUUUUGGGAUUUUUCUUAUUGUUCAAACAUUUGCUUUGGCCAUUUGAUUGGACUUUGUAAACUAGCUCUAGUUGUUGUAGAUCUGCAUGCUGCUAUAAAGCUUUGUGAACCAGCUCUGGUUGUUGCAGAUUCACCUCAGUACAUAAAAUUGGGAUCAAAGCAAGAGGAAAAUAUUUUCGACCAAUUGGUGAACAUGAAAGAAAGUUGGCAUCAUGGUUAGGAUAUUGUGCAAGAUCUUGUGGUCCACCUAAGGAGCCUUGGAAUGCUAUUGAAGCUCGAUAUCUUAUUCGUUUAUGGAGUAUGAUUCAGGUUAACUUCAUAUGCUUUUUUAGAGUUUCUUGUUUGAAAAAAUUCUUUUUAUCCUUUAAAUCAUAUCACAUUAUAUUUUAUUAUAUUCUAUGUUAAAUUGCUAAAUAAGAUGAAUACAUGAUAUUGCAUGAUUAAGAAUCAAUUUUUAAAUUUUAUAGGAUUACUUUGAUGUAAGUCCUGAGAGUCCAGACAAAUGGAAGAAGCUUGAGGAAAUGCAAAAGGUGAAGCCUGACACGGCUGAGAUAAAAAAAGCUAAGUUUGAAUUCUAUUGUUUCUAUGAAAUGAAAAUAUUAUAUUGCAAAUGGAAGUACAAGCUACACCUUAAGUAUUUGAAGUACUCAAUUGAUGAUGAACGACUGCAACAUGUUUCUGAAGGAUUGACUGUGGAUACUUGGAAGGAAAUGUUCAAAGUUUUUGCUAAUGAGGACUUUCAGGCCUUAUGUUCCACCAAUACAAAUAAUCGUGCUAGUCAAAGAAUUAUUGCUUCAACUGGUCCCACUCCUUUUGCGCAAGUAGAGUAUGAUAUGAUGGAUGCGGAGAUUGGUGAAGUACCAUAUGCUUCUGAAGUCUGGAUGGCUACACAUGGGUUCUUGGAUGAGCAAGGCCAAACACAAUGGCAUGAUCCAGAAUCAUCAAGGAUAUAUGAAGAGAAGCAAAGGAUUGAGAAACAACCAACAAAUGAUAAUGAGACUGGUCCUACUCCAGAUGAUAUCUUAAAAGAGGUGUUUGGCGUUAGAUCUGGUUAUGUCCGUGGUAAAGGAUUAGGAUACAAAGCAAGCACUAGGGGAAUGGCAUGCGGUUCUAGAAAUGAGGAAUUAAAUGAAUUGAGAGAUGAGGUAGCAAGGUUGAAUGCUCGUUUGAAGGAACAAGAACAACGCAAUAAUGAGAUAGCACAACUAAAUGCUCGACUCAAGGAACAAGAAGAGCGCAAUUUAGAGUUUUUUAAAAGAUUUGAGAGUGUGAUAGGAUACAAAUCAUCAGAAAGUCAGGAUAUGACAAUAGUAAGUACUUUUUAGAUAUAUUUAAUUUCAUGAAUUGGAAAAACUACUUUUUGAAUGACCCUUUAUUUAAAUCUAUUGUAGGAUUAACAGAUCAAGUGAUGAAGGCUUGCAGACUAGCAAUGAAGUUGAAUUAGAGUUUGAAGACUACUAUUAUCAUAGGAGUUUUAUUUUGAAUAUUAUCAAGUAUGAACAAAUUAGGAAUUAAAGUAGGUAGAUUUAAGUUUAUUUUGCAUACUAGCUACGUACACUUAAAAAUUAUUGUUAUAUCAUACUUUAAAACUUA